UGAUUACUCUGUGUAUUUAGUUCCUCUCUUUCCCUGUCCCUUGUUGGAUCAUUGUUUGUCUUUCCUGUGUUCUUAUUCCUCUUGGUUUUUUUCUGUGGAUUUGUUAAACACAAAGAGUCUGUCUUCCAGCUGGCUGGAUUCACACGUUACCUGAAGCUGACCAAAGGUGGAUAUCCAAAGCCCUUUUCAAAUGGACACCCCAGGGGCAUCCUGAGCUUGACUUUUCCAGAGUGGAUAAGCUUUGGUGGUAUCCUCCACAGGUCCCUCUGAAGAUAAGUAAUUCUCCCCCACUGGAGAAUUACUUUGGUCACCCACUUCUUCUCUGGAUGCCGCGCAAGCUGUGGCAAGUAAAGCUCACCUGUCCGCAUGCAGACUGCUCCAGACAACCUUUGACCUCGGCCGGCUUGCACCAGAAGAUCAGGCAGGUGGUGGGAGUGGGCAGUGUGUAUUUUAUGGCAUCUGAGUACCUGGCAUGUAAAACAUGCAAAAGAAAAGUGAUCAGCUGGAGCCAUGGCAUCGUCUCCCAGCUGGACAUUGGUCAUAGAGUGCAAUUUCCGUGCAUUUUGACUUCAAAACUGGCUUGCGACAUGGAGGUGGCGACCUUGAUGCGUCAGAGAGGGCUGGGAAACAGCAGCAGCCAGGUCCAGCGGAAACUGAGAGAGCGUCACGCUGAGUUGUGGUUGCAGAAAACUGUGCAAUACCUCACAGACUGCAAGGGGAUGGCCAGCGCUGUGAAAUCAGGCCUGAUCCUGCCUCUGACAUUUGAAGAAGCACCUCCGAUGCCUGUUGUCCCCAAACACAGAUGGCUGAUGCAGGUAUAUGCUCAGGAUGUCCUGCAAAGGCUCGAGGAGAUAAAGGCAUCCAUCACCUCUCAAUAUGGCCGAAUCCUGAAAAUGGAUUCCACCAAAAAGGUAGCCCGGAAGCUUGCGGGAUCUAGCUACGGUACCUGUACCUGGGCAACCAAUGUCGGAAAUGAGUACGGGCAGGUGGUCAUUUCCGUCCUGACUGCCAGUGAGGGUUUUGGUCUCGGGCCAAUGAUCGAGGGUCUCGUUAAAAGAUACAGAGUGGCUGGGGUGGCACCCCCUGAGGUGCUGUAUGUCGACCGGGACUGCUGUGGCAACACUCUUCUGAGGAGGCAGUUUGAAGAGUGGGAGCAGAUGUCCAUCCGGCUUGACAUCUGGCACUUCAUGCGGAGGAUAGCUGUGGGUUGCACAACAGAUUCCCAUCAGCUGUAUGCAACCUUCAUGAGUCGCCUCAGCCACUGUAUUUUUAUGUGGGACGAGGAUGACCUCAAGGCCCUGAAGCUGGCAAAGCAGGCAGAGAUGGAAGCUGACCGAAGGAGACCAUCGGAGGCCGAUGUGAUGCGUCGCAUCAGCAGAAGCGAGCUAGCCUACAUUGCAGAAGAGCAACACGUGGGACGAGGGAGACUCAGGUUCUGAUCGAAAACCACAUCCAGGCCUUUGACGGAGAUGCUGGUCGAGACACACUGGGAGUGCCUCUUAUCAACUCGGCUCGGAUGCAGGAGAUCUGGAAGUCCCAGAGGAAGCAUGUUGCAUGCAUCCAGGAUCCUCCAGGUAUACAGCUGUACACGCAGACAGGAACCCUGGUGAAGGGAGGGCACCGUCUGCCAACUUACCGCUGUGCCAGAGGGUCCACGUCGCUGGAGUCUUUUCACCUGCAUCUGAACAGAUUCAUCCCAGGCACGCUUGCAAGUGACACCUUCUUCCAAGCCUAUCUGUUGGAUGGCCUUGCAAGGUGGAAUGAGGACCGGGCUGUUGCAGCAACCACUGAUGGGCAGCCGCAGCCGCAUUCCUACAGCCACCUGCUCCGACAUGCUGCAAAUGUUCUUGCAGAGGAGGUUCUGGGAAAAAAGAUCGUCCCCUACGUUGGACCAACAAAAUACACUGAAGAGCUUAUUGGGGUAGAAUACCUCUACCAACAAACCGGGAAGGUUCUCCAGGACUACAAGUUGGCCAUCGAGGAAUCAGAGACCGCUGAUGUGGUUCUGGAGGUGGAGGAAGACUGUGCUGAAGCUGAGGAGUUUCAAGACAUCACUGUGCCCACCUUUGAAACAGAGCGAACACCUGCUUCCGCCUCACAAGCAUCAGCUUCAGCAGUGCCAGUGAUGACACCUACUCCAACUCCAGCAACCAGCUCUGUCCCAUCAGUGUCUGUGAUUCCUCCAGCACCAUGGCCAGCUCCUGAGAGCACUUCUGUCCCGGCUCAGUUGAUGCCAGUGAUGCCCUCAGUGAUGCCAGAUGACUGUGAGUCUUACCAUGGAAUUUAUUUGAUUUCUGUUGUUGUUGACACACUUACUCUACAGAAUGAAAAAAUGUAAGCUAAAUGUUUAACUUUUUCAUGUC